CGUUCUAAAGAGUAGUACUCACGUCAUCACUCUAUCGAGCAGCAAGGUCGCGAUGACGACAUCCCGAAGUGCGCGAACAAGACAGCCGUCGAGCUUGUCGACGCCGGCCGAUGCCGUGCUGGACGGGAUGGAGCAUAUAUAUGUCGGCGUUCGACGUCGCGAGGGUCUUAUUCAUCUUUCUGUCCUCCUCCAUCCUUGAAUUGAGAGAAUCGUAGACAAGAUGAGCGACAAGCUGGAAGAGGGUCAAGAUGUCUCAUGGCGCUGGGGAGGCGGAAAUCCCUCCGGCAAGGUUGCUGAAAUCGUCACGGAGGGGAAGGCCGAAGUCACUAGCAACAAGGGCAAUACAGUCACUCGCAACGCCCGAGAGGGUGAUCCGGCGGUGAAGAUUUCUCGCAGCGGGAACGACGUCGUGAAGUUGGCUCACGAGCUCAACGAAGUCAAAGAGGCGGAGUGAUUGAAGCAUAGACGUCUAGAUACCCAGGAGAGAAGAGUCACUCCAUCAUCCAUCGUGUAGAAUUAGGCUCAGUACGUUAUUUUAUGCACUUGUAAGGGUGGAGCAGCUAAGGUAGGCUGUCAGGCUGUCAGGUCC